UAAGGCUCAGGCCAAUUCAAGAUAGGAAAAAUGAGCUCAAGGAACUUAUAAUCGAUAACGCCCCUUCUCUUGAAAAUCUGCUUAAUCUCAAUUUGGCCUAUGUCCUUCAUGUAACCGUGGUCUCCGCGCCUAAACUAGAAACCGUAGGUUAUGUUUCGGAUUUCCAUGGGGUUGACACAAACAGACUCGUGUUUGGCUCUACCAUUAUUCAGGGAUUGCAGCUUGAUAGCAUGGCUGCCAGGAUUUGCAGUGUUAAGACUUUAGCCAUCAACAUGGGGAGUGCACGUAGUUUGAAUGACAUUAUUGACAUGCUGAGAUGCUUUCCAUGUUUGGAGAAAUUGUACAUUAAGCUCUUCUUGGAGAAGGAAAUCCUCUGCCGUUUUGGUUCAAGCUGGCUAUCUAUCCCGGAACCAAGUCUUGACAUCCCUUUAAAGCUGAAGAAAAUAGUGUUGGACCGUUAUCAAGGCACUUACUCAUCAGGUUGUCGGGGCGAUUACUCAGAGGUUGACUUUGCCAAAUUCUUUGUACUGAAUGCCACGCAGCUAGAAUCAAUGAUAUUUCGAGUUGACGCCCAACAUUACAAUGAGAAGUUUUUUGCACGUGAACGGAUGGCGCUUCAGUAUGAGAAGAGGCACUAG